AUGGUCCGGACGCUGCUAGUCUCAGCUUUCCUGCUGGUAUUGGUGGAAGCUUUUGCCGAAGGGGCUCCAAAUGAGAUGCUCCAGGACCCUGCUGUGGACUGUUCCGCCGGGAUCUUCCGCCGGAAGCUGGACGAGCUGUCGGAAUGUCAAAACUUGCUGGUGCUGGAGAAGAAAGUGGAUGUGACCAUCAGGGUCAUUCAGAACCUCAGCGAGCCCGAGCUGGUCAGGAACGCAUCCAAGCCCCUGGAGAUCCUGGCGAGUAUCCAGGAGGACCUGAGGAGCUGUAUCCAGCGGAAGGGCCUGGAUGGCGACGUGGCUGCGCAGCGGCCCAUCCUCGCCAAAUGGCUCCGGAAAGCCCACGCCGGAAAGAGUGAGGGGUCUGCCAGAUGCCUGGAGGAAGCUGUGAUCUUCAACCUCUUCCGCCUACUGAACGAUCUGCAGAACGUUGCCCACAAGUUCAACGAGUCCUGCCACUGA